AUGAUAAUAAUUAAACAAAUUGUAUUGUACUCCAGGUACUUGAGUCAUAAUAAAAUCAAGGAUAUCGAAACAGAAUUAUUUUCUUUUAUGACAGAAUAUGUCUCUUAUUUGAGCAACAAUAUAAUAAGUGAUCUGAAAGAUGGUGCAUUUGUGACCCUUGAGAAGCUUCGGAUAUUAAAAUUGGAUAAAAAUAAAAUCGAAAACAUCGAGACUGGGGUUUUUAAUAGCUUAAAAGCUUGGAAAAGUUAUUCUUGA